UCUGUCCCUCAGGUGUUGUGGUGGGACGUCCGCAGGUUGACGGAGCCCACAGAGCGGCUGGUCCUGGACCUGAGCAGGGACGGGAACCUGGACCGAGCUUUAGGAGCCGUCUCUCUGGAAUUUGAGUCCACCAUGCCCACUAAGUUCAUGGUGGGGACAGAGCAGGGCGUGGUGGUGUCCUGCAACAGGAAGGCGAAGACGGCGGCAGAGAAGAUCGUCUGUACGUAUGAGGGACACCAUGGACCUGUCCUCGCCCUGCAGAGGAACCCCUUCUUCCCCAAGAACUUCCUGACGGUCGGGGACUGGACGGCCCGCAUCUGGUCCGAGGACAUCAAGGAGUCCUCCAUCAUGUGGACCAGGUAUCAGACAUCCUACCUGAUGGACGCCUGCUGGAGUCCCGUCAGACCGUCUGUCUUCUUCACCGUGAAGAUGGACGGUGUGUUGGAUGUCUGGGACAUCCUGUUCAAACAGAACGACCCCACACUGAGUCUCAAGGUGUGUGAUGAGCCUCUGUCGUGUGUCCGUCUCCAUGACGACGGCCGUCUGGUGGCGUGUGGCUCUCAGCUGGGCGGAGCUUCUCUGCUGGAGGUCAACGGACUGACGGCGCCGCAGAGGAACGACAAGAACCUGCUGGCUGCUAUGUUUGAGCGGGAGACGAAGCGUGAGAAGAUCCUGGAGGCGCGUCAGAGGGAGAUCCGUCUGAAGGAGCGCAGCCGAUCCGAACAGAGCCGAGAGGACGACGCGGGACAAGACGACGGAGACGAGCUUCCCCAUCAGCUGAUUACCAGAGCUGAGGAGGACUUCUACAUCGUCAUGGAGACGGAGCUGAAGAGGAGGAGGGAGAGGGAGGAGCAGGCCGACCGGGAGAAAGACGUCUGUGAAGAAAAGGAGGUGACAGGAGAACGUGGAACAUCAGUGAAUACAGGAGAACGUGGAACAUCAGUGAAUACAGGAGAACGUGGAACAUCAGUGAAUACAGGAGAACGUGGAACGUCACAGUGA